GGUGUGCGCACGCGCAGACACAGUCAGCUGUCCGGGCCGGCGAGGGGAGGCGGCGGCGGAGGCGAGUGGGGCGCGUUGGUGUGAAAUGAGCAGCUCUGAAGAUGAGGACCUCCCCCAGCUCUCUUCCCAUGCCCUUGCAGCUCUGCAGGAAUUUUAUGCUGAGCAGAAACAGUACACCGACCUCGGUGGCGAUGACAAGUACAACAUUGGAAUAAUAGAAGAGAACUGGCAGCUGAGCCAGUUUUGGUACACUCCGGAGACCGCCCUGCGCCUCGCAGAGGAAGCCGUGGCAGCUGCUGGGGAAGGUGGCAGAAUAGCGUGUGUGAGUGCCCCCAGCGUUUACCAGAAGCUGAGAGAGCUGCACAGAGAAGACUUUUCUAUCUGCAUCUUCGAAUAUGACCACAGGUUUGCCAUCUAUGGAGAGGAGUUUAUCUUCUAUGAUUACAAUAACCCAGUGGAUUUACCUGAGAAAAUUGCUGCACACAGUUUUGACAUUGUAAUAGCAGAUCCCCCCUAUCUCUCCGAGGAAUGUCUCAGAAAAACGUCGGAAACCAUCAAGUACCUGACCCGGGGCAAGAUUCUGCUGUGCACAGGUGCCGUCAUGGAGGAAGAGGCAGCACAACUUCUUGGAGUGAAGACGAGCGCGUUUAUUCCGAAACACACUCGAACCCUGGGAAACGAAUUCCGCUGUUACGUGAAUUACGAUUCUGGGCUGGACCGUGAACUGUGAACGCAGCUGGUAAUACAAUGUAGUAAAGGACCCAUGUGACAUUUCCCUCUUUUUAUUUUCUUAGUAGAUUGAAAAGCUACAACCUCCCCUCCUGCCUCACAAACUGGGGCUCUCCCCGGCCUAACUUUCAAGAUGAAGAGGACAACAUCUUGUUGUGAUUUCCUUAGUGAGGGCAUCCCUAGAGCUUGGGAUGCUUUUGCCAGCUUGAACCAGUGGAAUUCUAUUUGGAAGAAGUCAUAGAAGCCAUCUUAACGCAGGUAAAGAGCAGAAGUAGUACAGGCGGCUUAGUGAUUGCCCAGGACCUUGGCCUCUGCCGCAUCCCGUGUACGGGUGGCUGUGGACACCUGCACGUGCUUUGACAGCCAUGCGAUUUGGAGUUGUAGCCGAGGACGAGGGUUGUGUCCAGUUCACAGUUGCCUCCCAGGAGCUCAGUGCCCAGAAGAGGGCACAUGCUCAGUAAAUAUUUGUCAGAGAAAAAAUGCAAAUACAAGUUGCCUUUCUAGAUCUUCCAUUGGAAAUGCGUUACCUGUUAACAGCUAACGUUAGUUAAACUGAUGAUUAAUACAGUUUAUGGAACAGCAGUAUUAUCCCCCUGCAAACCGUUUACUCUCCUUCAGUCCACUCCUCUGAUGUUUGCACUAUUUAUGUUUGAGGAGUGGCUAGAAAAUGUUACACAACGGUGGCAAUGCUUGAAAUAAUUACCCAAGGUUUGAAAGGCAAUUUUUCUUUUUAAUACGUGGAUUUUCUUUGUUGACAUUGAUCUGAACCUUCUGUUUUCUGGACAAGAAUGUAUGCUAGAUAUACCACUACUAGGCUUACCUUUUUUCUUCCCCAGAGGUUGAGCACAGAAGUAAAAUUCCCCAAAUGGUAUAGAACUACCCACAGCUAUCAAUUUCAAUUUUGAAUUGUUUAUGAAUUUUGCUCAGCAGUGUUUUCCAUGCACAACCUCUGUCCAUAUUUGGUACAAAUUGAAAGUUCUCUCAGUACCUUCUGUCCAGAUCAAACCAAGGCUGAUUGUAAGUAGGGACAAGAGCACAUAAACAACGAUGCAGAGGCCGACUCUGCAGGUGAUCUUCCUGAACAUUAACCAUAAAAUUAAGAUAAAGUGAAGACCUUCAUUACCACUGUUUCCUCUGAAAAGUUUCCUCUGAAAAUUAGUGGAGCCCAUCAGAGCAGAGUCCAGCGAGAAAUGCACAGCCAGCGUGCCUUUCACCUACAAUUGUUUUAAGGAUUUUAAAGCGAGUUAAGAACUUUACUUUUACAAGUAAUUGUGUUCGGGGACAGACUUAAGCCUAAAGAAAAGGGUAAAGGUUUAGCUCACUUUGCAGUUGCAGACGAGGACUCCACUCCUGAUUUCUGGGAAUUGAAAGUCUGCAAGUGAAAAAAAAAUCUAAUUGUAUAAACCUGCAGCGAUUUAUACAAGUAUGAGAUUCUGGGGUGAGCUGAGCCUCCCGGAGGGAGGGCAGGUCCUAUGCAGCCAUGUCCACUGGUGACCAUCAGCAACAGCGGGAUUCAGGCGGGCUAGAGGGUGAGGGUUCCACCUGCACUUCUAAAAACUCCUGCUGAUGAACUGAAAAACAAUGUUUAUAAAAUGUUUACAUGUCAA